AGAAGACAACUCCACCACCCCUACCUCACUUCAACCCUUUAAUCCUCUCUCUCUCUCUCUCUCUCUCUCAGAGAAGUCUUGAAACCAUGAAGCAAAUAUCUCAAGCGGUUCUCACCAUUUUCCUACUAUUUUCUUACUCAAUAAUAGCAUCUGCUCGUCUCUUGCCACCCCAUCAAGAGCUACUGGUGAAAGCUAAUGAGAUGAUCACUCAUGAGGGUUCAUCCCUCAAGAUACAAGAUGAUGAUCUAUUUAAUAAUCUAAUGGGAUUGGAGGAGUGUGAUGAUGACAAAGAUGAAGAUUGCAUUAAGAGAAGGAUGGUUUCAGAGGCUCACUUGGAUUACAUAUACACCCAACACCAUAAGCCUAAGGAAUCACCUUAGAAAAAAAAAACAUCAAGUCCUAUGUCUUCUCUACACUUAAAUUUGUAGUUAGAGAUAUAUAUAAUAUAAGAUGUGUUUGGGUAAGAAACCAUAUGUAACUAUUAAAUUCUAUAUAUAUAUAUACAUAUAUAUAAGAUGAUAUGAUAUGAUUGUGGCAAAAGGAGUUGAUAGCGCUUUCCAAUUGUAUAAUAGAAGUGUAUUUGCUUGCUAGAUGGAGUGUCUCACAGUGAUUUUAAAUAAUAUAUGAUCUUUCAGAGUUUAUGCCUAA